UCCACGCAGAGUGGGCGGUAUAUAGGGACGGGACGCCUCAUCGAGCCGCCACAAACGCCGCUCGCUCGUCCCCCCACCCUCCCUCUCUCUCUCUCUCGUCGGUGCGAGCGCAGCUGUCGACGACCCUCCUCCGACUCGUCGCUUCACAGGCUUGUGGUCAGCUUGACUGAUAUCAAACAAUGGCGGAACACUUGGCUUCGAUAUUUGGUACAGAGAAAGACAGGGUCAACUGUCCAUUUUACUUCAAGAUUGGAGCUUGUCGUCAUGGCGAUCGCUGCUCUCGCAUCCAUAACAGGCCAACCAUAUCACCUACUAUUGUGCUCAUGAACAUGUAUCAGCGCCCUGAUAUGAUUACCCCUGGGGUUGAUGCUCAAGGCCAGCCGAUAGAUCCCCGCAAGAUGCAGGAGCAUUUUGAAGAUUUUUAUGAGGAUAUCUUUGAGGAACUGAGCAAGUUUGGUGAGAUUGAGACCCUCAACGUCUGUGACAACCUUUCUGAUCACAUGAUAGGCAAUGUGUAUGUCCAGUUCAGAGAGGAAGAUCAGGCAGCAGCAGCUCAUACCGCCCUUCAGGGACGCUUUUACUCUGGUCGCCUAAUAAUUGUUGACUUCUCUCCUGUGACGGACUUCCGUGAAGCGACCUGCAGGCAGUAUGAGGAGAACACCUGCACUCGUGGUGGGCACUGCAAUUUCAUGCAUGUGAAGCAGAUAGGUAAGGAUCUCAGGAAGAAACUCUUUGGGCGCUAUAGGAGAUCGCAACGAGGAAGGAGCCGCAGCCCAAGCCCACACCAUAGGAGAGAGCGUCAUGACCGUGAUGACUAUCGUGGCCGUGAUGAUUUCCGUCGUGGUGGUGGCGGCGGCGGCGGUGGACGGAGGGGUGGGAGCAGUAGGCAUGAAAGGCAUGACGAUGGGGGAAGGCGUAGGUAUGGAGGCAGCCCUCCGAGGCGGGCAAGAAGCCCUGUGAGGGAGAACAGCGAGGAGCGCAGGGCCAAGAUCGAACAGUGGAAUCGUGAGAGGGAGGCGAAGUAAGGGUCGUCUGGGUGCGUCUUGUGCGGUUCUUCUAUAUAUUGGAUUUCGUUCUGUAGUUGCUACUAUGCUUGAUUUGCUUUUCUGUUCCUGUAAUUUAGGUGACUUCACCCAGAGACUUUGAAAUUGUCACUAGUGUGCUGCCGGAAACUUACAUUUUAGCUACUUCGAACUUAAUCCUACUAGUUGUUUCCCAUUUUUCU